AUGGUUUGGACAAUGUUGAAUUACAUAUUGCACAAUGUUGUCAGCCUGUUCAUGAACCUGAUCGUGCGGUUGAAGCGGAUUGGGAAAUGCAACCGACACGUGGGCAAAGUGUGCAAAUUGUGGUGGAAGCGUAUGAUCGCCGUGAUCAAUAUCCGUCAGGUGAAUACGAUUUCUGAAGCAGAUGGUAUUGCUAAUAUGAAAUUGUUGAUUGAAGUGAAAGGCUUGGCGCAAUUGUCUCGCCUCUUGGCGAGAUUGGAACAACAGCCUGGCAUUAUCAGUGCUCGACGUUUGGUUCAAGGACAUAAAAUGCAACAGCUAUUCGCCAUCAUGAAACAAUUACGUGCAGAAUGCCCUUGGGAUCGUGAACAGACACCUGAAAGUUUAACGCGCUAUGCGAUUGAAGAAGCAUAUGAAGUGGAAGAAGCAGUACGUUCUGGUGAUAUAGAUGAAAUUAAAAAUGAAUUAGGUGAUUUAUUGCUACAAGUGGUUUUUCAAUCACAGAUGUACAGUGAGCAGGGGGCUUUUGAUUUUAACGAUGUUGUCGAUGUACUUUGUCAAAAAUUGAUCCGACGCCAUCCACAUGUUUUCCAAAAACAACAAUUUGAUAAUUUAACCCCUGAACAAGUGUCGGUGUUGUGGCAGGAAAUUAAACAACAAGAAAAACAGGGCAAAACUCAAUCUCGAUUAGAUGCGGUAAAACAUGGUCCCGCUUUAUCUCAGGCAGAAAACAUUCAAAAAAAUGUCGCAAAAGUAGGCUUUGAUUUUCCUGAUGUGGCGCAGGCCUACGAUAAAGUCAAAGAAGAAUUGGCAGAGUUUGAAGAGGCGCUGCAAUCGGAAAAACCUGAUGAAAUUAUGGAAGAAUUUGGGCGUAAACUAGGCAUUUCAAGUGAGAUGGCGCUGUUAGGAACCAUUUAUAAAUUUAAAUCUCGCUUUGCUUAUAUUGAAGAUCAAAUCAAUUUUAAAAAUAAAAGAUUAGAAGAUGCGUCUUUAGAAGAAAUGGAUCUCCUUUGGGAUCAGGCAAAGCAACAAUUAAAAUCAAAGUUGCUCCUUGAGCUUUUUGAUCAAGCUUAUCUCAACUGGAAAGCACAACAACAGGCCCAUGAUGCACAAUUAAAAAAAGUCGAUGAUCAAUACUAUCUUUCGCGACCGAAUAGCAAAACAUCACCAUCGAAUAGCAAUCACAAAGGCCCAUCAUCACCUACUCAAUCUUUAAACAGCUCAGCUUCAAAAGUCAGUUUAAACUCUGCAAGUGUCGAGCAAUUACAACAGCUCACGGGUGUGGGAGCAAAGAAAGCACAGGCGAUUAUUGCUUAUCGCAAUCAGAAUGGCGGAUUUAAAAGUAUUGAUGACUUAAAAAAAGUGAAGGGGAUUGGCGAGAAACUUUUCGAGCAGAAUAGGGCACGACUGACUGGCUAUGAAGCUUAUAUAGUCGGUGGUGGUGUACGUGAUUUAAUGCUUGGCUUAAAUCCGAAAGAUUACGAUGCUGUGACCAAUGCAACACCUUCACAGGUGAAAGAGGUAUUUGGUCGUCGUUGCCGAAUUAUUGGGCGACGUUUUGAAUUGGCACAUGUGUAUUCAGGUCGUGAAUUGAUUGAGGUGGCGACAUUCCGUGCCCCACCGAAAAAAGCCAUUACCUCUGCACAAGGGAUGAUUUUACGUGACAACAAUUGGGGAACAAUAGAGCAAGAUUUUGCUCGACGUGAUUUUUCGAUUAAUGCCAUGUAUUACCAACCUCGAAAAGGGGAAGUGCUCGAUUUUUGUAAUGCUAUUGAUGAUAUAAAAACCAAAACUUUAAGACUAUUGGGUGAUCCAGCACUUCGUUUUGAAGAAGAUCCAGUACGGAUGUUGCGUACAUUACGUUUUGCUGCGAAGUUAAAUUUUAGUAUAGAUCCUAAAAUAUUAGACGUUUUUACCCAAGAAAUGACACAAUUGCUGCGUGAUGUUUCUCCGCAUCGUUUAUAUGAUGAGUCGCAAAAAUUAUUCACCAUGGGGCAUUUGCAUCGUGUGAUGCCGAUGUUGAUUGAAUUUGGUAUUUGGAAGCAAUUAUUUGCUGAUAUUAGCCCUGAGAUUACCCAAUUUAUAGAGCGCGCAGCGAAAAAUACCGAUCAACGGAUUCAAAUGGGUAAAACCAUUAAUCCUGCAUUUUUCUAUGCGGUAUUGCUUUGGAAUAAUUUCUUAGCGCGUUGUGAUUUCUACCAUGCUAAAGGUGUAGUUGCUGCAGAAGCACGAGCUCAAGCAGGCUUAGAUGUGUUAAAACGUCAAGCGACACGAACCAUUAUUCCUCGUUUUGCCGAAACCUUUAUUCGUGAAGUCUGGGAAAUGCAAAGUCGUUUGCUCAACCCGAAACCACAACAGAUUGAAGCGCUUUCGGGUCAUGCACGUUUCCGUGCAGGAUUUGAUUUCUUGCUGUUGAGAGAGAAGUCAGGUGAUGCUUCUACCAAUGGCAUGGGUGCAUGGUGGGAAGCUUACCAAGACAUGUCGACUGAUGAGAAAGAACGUGCAAUUGGCAGUUAUAAUCGUCAGCGUGCCAAGAGUCGUAAGAAACUUGCUGAAGUUGCCCCUGUUGAAGAUGUAAAAGCAACAGCUUCCACGCAAAUUGAACCAUUGGUGAAAGAACAAGAAUCUCGUAGCCGUCGUUCACGGGCUAAACCAAACUCAACAUCAUCUCAAGAUUUUAGAAGUAGAAGUGAUGCUCGAACGGCAGUAAAUAAAGGCGAGAUUACAGCGGAUCAUCCAAUCACCAAGCGUAGACGCGUACAACGCAGUAAUUUAGGUGAUUCUGAGCAAAUUCUACGGGAAGCUGUAGAAAAACUCAGAAACUUAGGUGUUGUUACUGUUUCAAAGCUGUAUCAAAGCCCACCGAUGGGGCCUCAAGAUCAGCCAAAUUAUCACAAUGCAGUUGCAGAAUUACACACUGAUUUAGCGCCUUUGGCCUUGCUGGAUGAGUUGCAACGUAUUGAAAAUGAAUCGGGUCGAGUACGUUUACGCCGUUGGGGUGAGCGUACUUUAGAUUUAGAUCUUUUGCUUUAUGCUGAAAAAAACAUUAUAAAUGAGCGGCUCACAGUACCGCAUAUUGGUAUUUUAGAGCGUGAUUUUGUGGUGAUUCCAUUGUUGGAUCUCGAUCCUGAGCUUCAAGUCAAUGGACAAUCAUUGCAAAAGUUAGAUUUCGUGCAACAUUCAACCCUUAGUGUUUUAGCAGAUCAGUCAUGGGCUGAUUAA